UAACUACUUGGUCUUCUGGAAGAAGAAAACUAAGAAUUAUCAAAACAUUGAGGUCUUUUUGAGGAACUAUGGAGCCUUAGCUCCUAAAAGGUAUAGCUAUUUACAAAUUAAGAAGAUGACUAAUUCAUUCAAGCAUAAACUAGGUCAGGGAGGCUAUGGAGGCGUUUACAAAGGUAGCCUAUUUGAUGGUCGUACUAUAGCAGUGAAGGUCUUAAGUGAAUCGAAAGGUAAUGGGGAAGAAUUUAUCAAUGAGGUGGCUAGCAUUAGUGGGACUUCUCAUGUUAACAUAGUCACCCUUUUAGGUUUUUGUUUUGAGGGUCAUAGGAGAGCUCUUAUCUAUGAGUACAUGCCUAAUGGAUCACUUGAGAAGUUCAUAUAUGAAAAAAAUCAAUCGGACACAGAUCGUAAGUUGAAUUGGGAAACAUUGUACAAAAUUGCAGUUGGCAUAGCUCGAGGAUUAGAGUAUUUACACCGCGGUUGCAACACAAGAAUUUUGCACUUCGACAUAAAGCCUCACAACAUUCUCCUAGAUGAAGACCUUUGUCCAAAGAUCUCUGAUUUCGGUCUAGCUAAAAUUUGUCCAAAAAAAGAAAGUAUAAUAUCAAUGACAGGUGCACGAGGAACUAUUGGUUAUAUUGCUCCAGAAGUGUUUAGCAGAAACUUCGGUGAAGUCUCUCACAAGUCAGACGUUUAUAGCUAUGGAAUGAUGGUUUUAGAAAUGGUCGGAGGAAGAAAGAAUAUUGAUGGUACAGUUGAUCAUACUAGUGAAUUAUAUUUUCCACAUUGGAUUUACAACCAUCUUGAACUUGAUGAAGAAAUAGGACUGCAAGGGGUCGUAAAUGAAGAGGAUAGAGAAUAUGCAAGGAAGAUGAUAAUAAUGAGCUUGUGGUGCAUACAGACUAAGCCCUCAGAUCGGCCAACAAUCAGUAGAGCAGUGGAAAUGUUGGAAGGGAGCCUUGAUUCCUUGCAAAUCCCACCCAAACCUUUCUUUACUUCUCCAGAAUCACCCGCAAGCGAUUCUUCAGCCCCACUUGUAUGCUAG